AGGCAAGUGGCUAACAGGUACCAAGCAACUAUGGCAGACACACACAGUCUUUACCUGCAAGCGAUUGAAGAGUCUACCACACAGUUCUUGGAAAUUUGGCAUCACUAUGACAAUGCUGGUCGUGGUUAUAUUGAAGGAAGAGAACUGCAAAAUUUCAUUCGAGAACUUCAGCAAGCUCGGAAAGACACUGGCUUAGAAUUAGCUGACGGUAUGAAAGCUUUGGUGGAGAAGUACGACCAGAGUGCUGAUGGAAAAAUAGAGCUGGCAGAUCUUGCUCAGAUCCUACCAACAGAAGAAAACUUCUUCUUGUUCUUUCGGCAACAAUUAAAGUCAAGCACAGAGUUCAUAGAGACGUGGCGAAGAUAUGAUGAGGAUCAUAGUGGCUUCAUAGAAGCAGAUGAGCUGAAGAGCUUUCUACGAGAUUUACUGAAGAAAGCAAAUCGGCCCUUUGAUGAAGUGAAACUAGAAGAAUAUACCUUAACAACGCUUAAAAUGUUCGAUUCAAAUAAUGAUGGAAAGCUGGGACUGGGCGAAAUGGCAAGGUUACUUCCUGACAAAGAAAAUUUUCUUCUUAAAUUUCAGGGGGUGAAUAUGACUUCAACGGAAUUUAAUGAUAUUUUUGACUAUUAUGAUCAGGAUGGCAAUGGAUACAUAGAUGAAAAUGAAUUAGACGCACUAUUAAGGGAUCUCUGUGAAAAGAACAAAAAGGACUUAGACAUUCAAAAUCUUACAACAUAUAAGAAAAGCAUCAUGGCUUUGUCUGAUGGAGGAAAACUCUUUCGGAAAGAUUUGGCAUUAAUCCUGUGUGCUGAAGAAUUUUAAAUAUCUUGCAUUCUUGUGUGCUUGUGAUUUGUGUGACGAUAGCUGUGUGCUAAAAGGGUGUAGGAUAUGCCUUUAAAGUCCACUGAAUGCAUAUAGAUUAAUCAGUAGAAUGUGCAACACAUUCUUUCUGAUCUGUUGUAUCUAUACUCUUUGUAAUUUACUGCUUUUGUAUCUACAAAAUUCAUACAAAA